GUAACUGCUCACACCUAUUGUAGUGUACUCCUACUGGUUAUGACGUCUGCACGUACGAAAAUACACUGACCAGGAAUUCAUGCUUCCAAGGUAUACAAUUUUGGAUACAGACCCGUUCGGAAAUACACGAGCCAAAUACUACGCACUUCGUCUAUUGCUACACCGAGAAAUAUUCAGUAAAGAAUGGCAAACCGCUGAAACAGAACAAGAGAGACGUACAACCUAAUCAGAGGAUUAUACUAAAGACUGUCUGGAACGUUAUGCCCUCAAUAAUAGCCACCAACUCUACAAUAAACGACAGUGUCGGUGACGAGAUGCCAGUUUCCCAACCUGAAUGGUUGAAUGUGUUACAGUACACCAUGUUGACAGCAAUCUUUGUGAUCAGCGUCAUCGGAAAUACGCUCGUCUGUUUAGUCAUCGCAAGAACUCCACGCAUGCGUACUACCCGGAACUUCUUAUUGGUGAACCUAGCUGUAGCAGAUCUGACUGUCGCUCUGCUAUGCAUACCCUUUGAAACAGCUUUAAAAAUCACAUAUCCUCGCUGGCCCCUGGGGUCUGCCAUGUGUAAAAUUCUUUGGCCUACUAUGACGUCAGUGACCACGUGUUCCUCAGCUACCCUUGUAGCCAUCAGUUAUGACAGGUAUCGAGCUGUUGUUCAUCCCUGGAAGCCUCGUUUCACUUUACUCCAAACUACCAUAAUUAUUUCAAUCACAUGGUCAGUGUCCUUUGUGCUCGUCAUACCCUAUCUGUUGGUGCUGUCAAUCAAGGACAACUACUGCGAAGAAGUGUGGCCGAGCACCGUCACCAGGCGCGUGUACACUCUAGGACUCUUCAUCAUCCAAUUUAUCGUGCCACUCGUAAUCAUUGCUUUUGCCUACACCAAAGUGGUUCUAAAGCUACGAGAUCAAGCGGCUCGUUUCUCCGGAAAGGCAGGCAUCCAGGAAUCUAUUCCAUCACCUCGACCAGGCCCGUCCAGCAGCUUCCUGACUGCCGAUGGCAGCGACGUGAAUUCUAUAUCAGGAUCGCCACUUCCCGACAAGAAGUUUUCCACUGGGUUGAAUCAAAUGCAACUUGCUUUGUCUCCCCGCAGCCCCAAGCGUGGACCAAGUAAGGCAAUUCAGCGACUGGAGCGCAAAACCAAGAUCGUCAAAAUGUUGGUGACGGUGGUGCUCCUUUACGCCAUCUGUAUGCUGCCCAACCAGGUGGUGUGGUUAUGGUACGAGUUUGGAUCUGGGAAGAAUUGGCAGUAUAUUAAAGCGCUUCUAACAUUGGGCAGUUCCAUGGUGUAUUUGAACAGUUCUGUAAAUCCUAUUCUUUAUGCGGGAAUGAAUGAAGAAUUUCGUAGAGGGUUCCUCGGCCUCUUACGUUGUCACUGCAGGCGUCCUAUGAACUAGGCGUACACAGUUAUCUGUAACUGUGCAAUUUUCCUCGGGUUCGACCACUCGCACUAAACGAUUAAAAGAAUAAUAAGUCAUUGAGGUCGUAGAAGGGGCGUAGAUAACAGUGGGAUUUGCCAGUCAGUGAAUUGAUAUCAUACAAUGGAUGUUUACAAACAGGAACAUUCUCGUUACGUAUACAGUGUGAGCUAUUUUCAUUUUGUUCCGACCAUAUUUGCGUUUUUGUUGGUUCGUCAGAUUGGUUGUUUGUUUGUCGUUUAUUAUAUUUUUCAACCUAGUGUGCUACCUAGUGUGCUACCUGUAUAAAAAAUUGUAUUAUUAUAAUAGCUUAAAAGUAGCAAGCCAGUAGGUGAAAACACCAGUUUCUUAGGGAAUAAAAUUAUAUUUCUUUCGUUCGAGAGUCACUGUUUUCCGUGGUGAAUCGUUUCGCCUUUUUUCGCCCGGAGAGACAAAUAUACCGCAACUAUCGCUAUGAAGCGUUUUCACUCACCUGGCCAGCAGCUAUGCAAAUUUAUUGGAACAAACAAAAGAAAGUGUUUACAUACGAAAAGAG